CUUGCCCGUAGCGGAGGUCUGUGCCAUGAAGUGUACCGUUGGAGGCUAACAGAUAAAUAUGUACAACAAUGUCCAAUAUUUUCCAAUCAAAAUCAUGAAUAUUUAAUUAUUUGACCAAGUAGCCAGCAUAUGUAGUGCAUAAGUGUUACAGACUUGUGAAGUUUGUAAGAUUUUAAAGUAAAAAGUGUUUAGUGUUUUGAAUUCGAAUACUUGGCCUUGCUGCAGUGAAUUUCUUUUUUUUUUUUCUUCGGCUGAAGCCUUUGAAAAAUCUACAUACUUAUCAUCAUUAAAAUGGAUAUACCAUUGUCGAUGUUGUUGUUGCUCUGCCUGGUAUUUACCAUUAUAGGAGCGGCUCUGAUACUUUUGCUGCAAUAUUACCUUUAUUUACGAUUUUCCAUACUUCCUGAGGAGAGUGCCGAACAAAAGGAUAUCAACACAAAGUAUUCAUUGCCUGCGACAAUUCAGCAGACAGCACGUGCCAUAAAUCUAUUGCCACCUACCGCAACGCCAGCCGGACACACACAUACGGGUACACUUGGUGCGACAGAUGCAGCGCCUUUAAUGUCAAUUAAUUUUGUGAUGCAAUUCCUGUUUCAUGAAUUGAAAAAUUCCAGUCGCGUGCGCAAGUGGUUCUAUCGUAAGCUAUCGCUGGAACUCGAUGAGCUGUUGGCGAAAACAACGACUGGCAAAUUAUUCGAUAAGCUGACGAUUAAAGAACUGGAACUAGGUGACCAAUUUCCAGAGAUUCGAACUUUACGUGUACAUAAUGUGGAAUUAGACGAUGCCGGUGAUCGUAUUGAAAAUCUCGAUCUUCUGCUUGAGAUUCAUUACACCGGCAAUUUUCGNCACAUUAUUUCUCCUCAAUUAGUGAAACAAUUAUCAGGCUUGGCGCGUCUCCAAUUUACGCGCGAACCUUACACCCAUUGGUCGCUUAGUUUUCUCGGUGAUCCAGAAUUGGAUUUAGCUGUCGAGUCCAAGUAUCAAGGCCGCCAAAUGCAAUCAAAUAUAACCAGCCUAAUCUCUAAUCAGAUACGAAAGGCUGUACGCCGCAAACACACGCUCCCCAAUUAUAAACUACGCUACAAGCCAUUCUUCCACAAAACUCCCGAAGAAGACCCCGGUGAUGGUGACAUACAGCCAAACGGCACGUUGGAGGUUAAGGUGUCGGAAAUAUCGCGACUUAUGUGCUCAGAAGCGGGAACUGAUAUUUACUGUACUUUGACUUUGGCCUCGCUGGCAUUUGUGGAGAUACGCCAGAAAGAUAAUCGCAAUGUGGUUGUUUCAAUGGAUGUGGAAAUACAUAAAGCUAAAAAUCAACAGAUUGGCAUACUUUUUAGGCAAAUACCUGAGAUAGGCGUCGAAAUUGAAGCAGUGCUACCCAAUACGCCCGCUUGCAAGUCGAAUUUGCGCCCAUGCGACAUGUUGAUCGCCAUCGAAGGCAAACGUGUACAGACUAUCCAGCAAGUGGCGAAAAUUUUCAAGGGUUUACAGGCCUCAGCCUUCAGGCUGCGCAUCGAGCGCAUCAUACCGGGUAUCAUAAGAAACGAUGCCAUUUUGGAAGAUCUUGAAUUAUACGAAGAUUUGGGAGAUGCGCAUACGGGCUAUGGUGGGGCUAGGGCAUCAAUUGAGAUGGAUUUUGGGGGGAAGCAGCCAAUCUCGCGUCCAGGGACAGGUGAAAGGAGCACCUCCAGCGAGUCUAGCCUUGGCAGUACACCAACUAAUUCACCUAAGAAAACAAAGCUUAUUACAAAGGCAUUAAGGAAAACUAUAAGUCGCGAGAGUAGUGAACAAAGCAAAGAAAAAGAGGAAGACUAUAAGGCUCGGUGCAAACUGUUGGCGAAACUGGAAGAGAAAUCCCGGGGUUCAGCAAAAACGAUGGGAGAUGGCAUGAGCGGGCUAGAGCACUACUAUCAGCACUCGACGGUGGAUUGCAGCAUCAAUCGCCUCAUCCACAUGGAUGACGUGGGCUUUUUUAAAUUGGAUGAGAAUUCACGUUUCCUAAAUAUUGGCGUUUAUUUGAAAUGUGCCGGUGAUAGUUUGUUGCUAGGCUUUGUGAAUAUAGCAGUUGGCCAGAUUUUAGCUGAAUGCUGUGAGACAAGCUUGGUGCAGUGCUGGAAGAAAUUCGAACUCAGUCCGCCCAUGCCGCAGGAUUUAAAAACUCACAAACUAUCUAGUCAAUCAGGCUUCAAUGCAGACUUGUGUUUUGGCGAUAUGCUGCUCGCCUUUACAUGGGAUGGCAAUCCAAAUCUGCAACUCGGUGAAACAGCAACAAAACAGAUAGCUAAGUCCAAAAGCAAGAACAAUAUUGCUGCUGAGAAAAUAGACAAUGACAGUGGCAUCUUUGACACCAAUUCCAUACGCUCCACUCCCAGUUCCAGUUCGCUAACGCCAGCUACACAAACAACUUCAAGUCAGCGCGCACAUAAUUUUGUCCGCACGCACUUUCAGCGCGCUACACAAUGCGAUUUCUGCGGCAAGAAAAUAUGGCUAAAAGAUGCGGUACAGUGUAGCGAAUGCACAAUGUGUUGCCACAAAAAGUGUAUAACGAAAUGUCAGAAUGCAACGGUUUGUGGACCGGUCGAUUGUUCGACGGUGCUGCAGCAAAGACAACCCUCAAUUUCUAGCGCUACUCCAGAGUUUACCGUUACCGAUGCUGACGCGCUUGAUGCUUCCGAAGGCGAAGAGGCCAUGCCAUCAGCGGACAGUGAGGAGGUUGCGGAAACUACGUAUAUUAAAGCGCCACCAACGCCGAGCCUCGAGGUCCAUCGGUCAAGUCUGACGGGACUAUUAGCACAAGGUAUUAAGCGGGUGAAUUCGGCUAAUAAUCUCGCCAUACCUGGAAUUGUAUCCUCUUUGGCUGGCAGUGGCGGUAGCAGUGGGGGUGGUAGUGGAACGGGAGGAGGCAUGGCAGCAGUUGCGAAGAGUUUACCACCCAGUCCGCAACGCUCCCCUUCGCGUAAAUCAUCGCUAGUCUCCAACCCAUUUGCUACCUUCGAAGUGGUCACACAGCGCUUAGAGGCUAUACCCAUAGACGCCUCGCAACUCAGCUUUGAGCAAAUAAACGCCAUCAGUGGGCCGAUAAUGGGCAUUUCCAAAGAUGACGAUGUUAUGACUUUGGCUAAAAACGCAAGCAGAAAUCUUUAUAGUGAAGUAAUUGGCGCAGAACGGGUGGAAAAAAUUAAUCUUUUGCUAAGCAAACUUCGCUUGGCCUUGGACAGUGAGACGGCCAUGUAUUCCAGCUUGGCAUUAGCCAAUACAACGAAAGCAGAGAAUGCGGAUGCGAGCAGCACAGCUUCAAAAUCCACAACACUAGGCAAAUCGGAAGAGCGUGUCCAAGCGCUUAGCGUAAUAAUGCUAUAUUUAUGCACUGGGCUGCAGCAUGCACAGGGCGUCGAGAUGCGUUAAAAUGCACUGCAAUUUAAAACGAAAAUGCUUUCGAGAAAAAAAUUUCUGGUGAACAAGUAAAUACUGAGAUGGAAAAUUAAAAACAAAAAAACAAAACGAACACUGAACUGAAGGCUGAAGUAUUAUAAAAGUGGAAUUUUAAAGUAGCGCUUAAAAACCUCAACCGACUCUUUUAGAGAAAAAAAUACAAUCCAUUGCAGUAGUGAAGUAAAGAUUUUUUUUUUCAAUAAACUUAAAUAUUUUAUUGUAUGUAGAAACUUACACCAGAAGGUGCUUUAAAUCUAAAAUUUUGGUAAUUUUAAAGUUCAGAAGUUAUAAGUUAAAGUGCACAUGCAUGAACAUACAUACAUAAAGGCAAAGCGAACGCAUCGACUGGAAAGUAUAAGGAUGCAAUAAA